CACAACUGCUGCUACGGCUGGACAAGCUGCAAUGGCUAACAUCAUCAACGAGAAGGAUUGUGCCGGUCCUGUCAAUGCCAACGCUGAACGUUACGAUCACCGCAAGCACACGAUGGAACGGCCGCCUGAGCCCGAUUCCGCCGCGCACAGCCGCCAUCCGCCGGCUGCGAUGAACAAUGUACUCGAAGCAAUUGGAAACACACCCUUAGUCAGGCUCAAUAGGAUUCCACAGGAGGAGGGCUUGGAGUGCGAGAUCUGGGCUAAAUGCGAAUUCUUCAACGCGGGUGGCAGUGUCAAAGACCGUAUUGCGUUAAGGAUGAUCGAGGAAGCCGAACGCUCUGGACGUCUUCAACCUGGCGACAUCCUCAUCGAACCCACAAGUGGUAACACGGGGAUCGGGCUUGCCCUUUGCGCAGCUAUCAAGGGUUAUCAUACCAUCAUUACACUUCCGGAGAAGAUGUCUGCAGAGAAGGUCUCCAUUCUCCGUGCUCUCGGUGCAGAAAUCAUCCGUACACCUACCGAAGCAGCCUGGGACUCUCCAGAAUCACACAUUUCCGUUGCGAGGAGGAUUGAGAAGGAGUUGUGCGAGCGUGCAGAGAAGCUGAAUGUUGGCAAGAAAGUGGGGGAUGAAGAAUGGGUUGGCAAGGGUGUUGUGUUAGAUCAGUACGUGAAUGUUGCUAAUCCUGCCGCUCAUGAGGAGGGCACUGGACGUGAGAUUUUGGAGCAGAUUCCAGGUGGGAAGGUUGAUAUGAUCGUGGCUGGUGCCGGUACUGGGGGUACGAUCACGGGAGUUGCGACAGUGUUGAAGAAUGCGUGUCCGGAUGUUAAGGUCAUCGGUAUCGAUCCACAUGGGUCUAUCCUCGCGGAACCGGAAGAUCUCAACGAUGACCGCCAAUCCUACCAAACUGAGGGCAUCGGCUACGACUUUAUCCCAGACGUCCUCAAGCGCUCCUUAGUCACCUCUUGGCUCAAGUCCAACGAUGCAGACUCCCUCACCACUGCUCGCCGCCUGAUCCGCUCCGAGGGUCUUCUAGUUGGGGGGUCAAGUGGUGCUGCUGUCUGGGGUGCUAUCCAAGCCGCCAAACACCACAAGCUUGGGAAGGGCGAUAAGGUUGUCGUCAUCCUCGCUGACGGAGUAAGGAAUUAUCUGACCAAGUUCGUGAGUGAGGAUUGGAUGAGAGCUCGUGGGUUCUUGGGGAACGUCGAGUCGGAGAAGGAGGAGGAGAAGAGCAAGGCGCAAAAGAAUAGGGAUGAGAUGAGACUGAGGGAUCUGGGGUUGAAGCCCGUCGUUUGCGUUAAGGUGAAUGAUAAGUGUGAGGCUGCGGUGAAGGUUAUGCAAGAUCACGCUUUCGAUCAACUCCCGGUUCAGAAUGAGGCUGGGAAGCUUGUUGGCCUGGUCACCUUGGGUAACCUUCUCUCUGCUCUCACCCAUACCCGCGCCGAUCCCUCCACCCAAAUCUCCUCCAUUAUGUUCGAUUUCCGCCGUCUCCCAGCCAGGACCUUCGCCUCCUUCAGCUCUACGGCUCCUGAACGCCUCGCUAAACGCGAGUUUCAGGAGGUUACUGUGGAUACGAAGAUCAAAGAUAUCCUUGACUCUGGAUUCUUUGAUUUUUGGAGUGCGAUGAUUGUGACUGAGAGGGAUGAGAGUGGGGCGAUUAAGCCUGUGCACACUGUGACGAAGGUGGAUUUGCUGAGUUAUUUGGUGGAGGGGAGGUGAGAGGUUAGAUGGGAGACGCGCUUUCGGGUCACUGUUGGUGGGUUCUGUUCGUCCUCGUUGCUUGACUUUGUUGUGUGUGUUUACAUUGGGUUUGUUAGGUUCAUGUUG